CCACUACGUCGGUAGUUAUGUAGGCUAAUGUAGUACAUACUCCCUACAUAUUCAACAUUGAAGUUGCACAUACACUGUCAUACAGUACAUAACAGGUACAUACAUCCUCCACCUGGUGUAUGUAAUACGAGAAAUGCUCUAUGUUUGAUUCGUCUUACCGCAUUGUCUCAAUCGUGGAUCCCUCGACCAUACAACCAUACAACCGUACAACCAUACAACUCGUAUAACCGUACAACCGUACAACGACGCAAUGAACGUGAUUCAUUCAUCUCAUUUUAUGCGUAAACGUCCAUUACAUCUAAUGUAAUGCGUGGAGCCUCUAAGCCAUAACUAACCUGCCCUGCCUGCCCUGCCUGCCUACGACUUUUGUAUAUUUAAACGAUUUUCAUGGACAACGCGUAGAUUCAAUCCUGAAUCACCUUGAAGCUCCCCGGAAUGCUUCCAUCAUCAUGUUACUGUCACCUAUCACCCUGACCCUCUUAGGCUUCUGGUCGUAUUUGGUACACGCCGAUAUUGUCCCUGGAAAGGCGUUUGAUAGAUUUAUCAGUAUUUGGCUCGAAAACCAGGAUUUCGCCAAAGUCGUUGCAGAUCCCGACUUUGCAGAUCUACGACGAUUCGGUAUCUUGCAGACCCGUUACUAUGCUCAUACCCAUCCUAGCCAACCCAAUUAUCUUGCCGCCGUGGGAGGAGAUUACUUCGGCUUGGACCACGAUGAAGUCGUUCGCAUUCCCCACAACAUUUCCACUAUCGUCGACCUCUUAGACGAUAAACACGUGUCAUGGAAGGGUUAUUUCGAGGGCAACCCUGGCCCAGGCUACAUGGCAGAGGGCAGUAUAGAUGCCAACGGGGCCUGGGAUUAUGUUAGGAAGCACAACCCCUUCGUUUCGUAUGACUCUAUCAAUACGAACGGGAGCCGGCUAGCAAAUCUUGUGUCCUUCAAAGACUUUAAACGGGAUCUUGCGGCUGGCACCGUCCCGCAGUUUGUCAUGAUGUCGCCGGACAUGCUAAAUGACGGCCACAACACUACGUUGGACUAUGCGACCAAAUGGGCCCACACAUUCCUGCUUCCGUUGCUGGCUGACGGUACUUUCAAGGAAAAAACCUUGAUCCAGCUCACAUAUGAUGAGACGGAAGAUUAUUCGAAGCCCAAUCGGAUCGUGUCUCUGUUGCUGGGCAAUGCCGUUUCCGAUAACCUCAAGGGUUCUGAGGACGACACAUUCUAUACCCAUUUCUCCAUCCCAUCUACAAUGGAACACAAUUGGGACCUAGCGAGCCUGGGCAGGUUUGACGUCGGUGCUAACGUAUUCAAGAUAGCCGCAGACAUCACCGGCUACAUCAACAAGGAUCCGCCGAAUGUAGCAACCGUGAACAACUCCAUCUCGUAUCCUGGUUUCUUGAACAGGAAUCACACUACCAAGUUGACCUUAAUUCCUCCACCAAAUCUGAAGUUGGUUGGCGCUGGCGGACGGUCUGUACUCGGUUCUAUCCGCAGCGAGUGGAAAGAUCAUGCCAGGACAAAGACGCCGUAUGAUGGGAGCGGCAGCGUUUAUGAUGGAGAUCAUGUCCCUGUAUAUAAGCCGCAAGCGCGCAAUAAAUAUUCAUAAAUUGUCAUACUAUUUUCAUCCCGUUACCAGAUCUUUUGAGUGUUUACACCUGCUAAUAGGUUAAGAGCGAUAUGCGAAAGUAACUCGCACGAAAAUUGCAGUGUUUCUGCACUCGACUGAGACAUUUUUCUAGUUGUGGUUUCUGUUUAUCCAGUUUUCUUUUCGUUAUGUGAUGAAGCAAGAGAUUUAAAAGAAAUAUGAACUGUUUAAAGGCUUGCUGAUGAUUGAAUUUACU